AUGGUCUUGUUAGUGCCGAUGGUCGGGGUGUUCUGGCUGUUUCUGUGGCCCCAGUUCUGGUGGCAUCGUGCCGAUGGUCUUGUUAGUGCCGGUGGUCCUGGUGGCAUCGUUCUGGUGGUUCCGGUGGUUCUCACGGUGGUCUUUCCUGUGGUGCUGGUGGUUGCGGUGGUCGUCCCGGUGGUACUGGUGGUUUCGGUGGCCUCCGUGGUUCUGGCGGUCGUUCCGGUGAUGCCGGUGGUCCUGGUGGCUCCGGUGGUUCCGGUGGUAUCGGUGGUUCCAGUGGUCUUUCAUGGGAAUGGGUUCCGGUGGUCGUUCCAGCGGUACCG